GGGCAAGCUGCAUUCUCCUUCCAUAUCUGCGUCUCCAUCUCCCAUUCCACGUCGGUCGACCUCGUCCAUCACGUCUCUUUCCAAACCUUGUCCCUUAUCCAUUCCAUCCUCGCGCGCCUCCUCCCACAACUUGUCAUUUCCGGUAAAUGCCACUGCUCUCUUGCUGAGGACUAGACUUCCUUCAGGAUCUUCUGUUUCUUGAACAUACCCGUCCUUUCUCUUGCUGGUCAAUUUCCUCUUCGAUCCUGAUCGCUAGGGCCGUUGACCGCCCUGCUCUCUGCUCGCGCCUACCUUCGACCCGCCCUUCGCUUCCUACCUUUAUUGAUUCUCCAAAACACUCGAUAUCACGCACCAGUUCUAGUGACAGUCAUUCCCCGUUGGACCUCCCUUACCGCCCUCAUAUUACGGGCAGAAAAGUGAAGUGAUAACUUCGAGCCUCACAAACACCGCCUGUUUUAAAUCUCCUCUCACACGAUCGUUACCCUUUGACUCCUCCUUACUCUAACCCUUGAACCCGAGCCGCAUUCGUCGCCUUGAGGACGACAUAUUUGAGAUAGACGAGAACGGGAUGGUUGUUGCCACGAUUAAGUGUGUGGUUGUCGGCGACGGUGCAGUUGGCAAGACAUGCUUGUUGAUCUCUUACACCACAAACAAAUUCCCCUCCGAAUAUGUCCCGACAGUCUUCGACAACUAUGCCGUGACGGUAAUGAUCGGUGAUGAGCCAUACACGUUGGGUCUUUUCGAUACAGCUGGACAAGAGGAUUACGACCGCCUUCGACCAUUGUCAUAUCCCCAGACCGAUGUCUUCCUUGUGUGCUUCUCUGUCACAUCGCCAGCCUCGUUUGAAAACGUGAGAGAAAAAUGGUUCCCGGAGGUCCACCAUCAUUGUCCCGGAGUUCCUUGUCUCAUUGUUGGCACCCAGACUGAUCUCCGGGACGAUCCAUCUGUCCGGGAAAAGCUUGCAAAGCAGAAGAUGCAGCCUGUCCGCAAGGAAGACGGAGAAAGAAUGGCCAAGGAUCUGGGUGCCGUCAAAUACGUCGAGUGCAGCGCCCUAACCCAGUAUAAGCUCAAAGAUGUGUUUGACGAGGCGAUUGUGGCGGCGCUGGAACCUCCACCAAAAAAGAGCAGCAAGAAGUGCACGAUUUUGUGAUGGCGGGGCCAGGGCUCUUCGGACACUGAGCAAGGGGAUUCCUUUUUCGUUCCGAGGUUCGUGAUACAUUUGCUGUAUCACAAUCGAAGUUUCUCUCACGCUAAUCAGAUUUUGGAUACUAGCACAAUUCCUUCCGUUUUCCUUCUCAGGUCUUUGCUCCUACGUCCGCAACUUUUUCUCAAAUGCGAGGGACGUUGGACUCAUUUUGGACAUGCAAAGACUCGAUGGCAUCUUGACAGACCUUUCCCGGUGAAACACAAGACAGUUUGUGCCAUCUUCCAACUCAGACCGACAUCUCCUUGCUAGAGAUGAAGCAGAGUUCACAGAUGCAGUUUUCCGACCUUCUCUUCCCGACCACGUUGGACAUGGGGUGGUUUUCAUCAGCCAUUCAGGGGCGUUUGAUCUAAGGGCGACCGGGAAAUCGUGCAGGGAGUACAUGCGAGAGGAUGGGCAACUUACACGAACAACGACUGGUAGCUUUGGGGGAUCUCAAGCUUGGGGCGUCGUAUGGCGUUUCUUUAUCUUAGUCGAGAACUUCUUGUGCACUUUGAAUCUCGGACAUGGCUGUGCGUUCACUCCAUCCUAUCGCUGGCUGAUCGCCAUUCGGACCAUCGGGACCGACAGACAAAUGCCAAAGAAAUGUCCCUUUCCACAGCUUUCCGUCCCUCGUUCCGAUCACAAGAGUCAUUCACGAUUCCUGCCCAAAGGGAUACUGUUGUUUUGAAGUUUUCCUACUCUUGACGCUACAUCCCCCUACCUUGUAGGCUGUAGCAUUAGAAUCGAAGCUGGUCUUGGUCAGUGCCACCAGUGCUAUCUAUAGGCAGAAGGUGUUGUUCCCUCA